AAACAGGACCAGCUGCAGACUUCAGUAAAGUCAGUCAGUGGCUGUACGCCAUCUAGGCGGUCGGAUCCGAAUCAUACGGUUCAGAUUGUACCAAUCAGCUGGGCUAAGAGCAUCCUGCAGCUAGCUGAGUAGCGGCCCGAAGGCAAAUCCCCUAUCUCCAACCUGUGAACCCCAAUCGAAUGACGCCGACGGCGAGCCUCCUCCUCCCGGCUCCCCCAUUCGUCUCCGUCUCCGAUGUGCGCCGCCUCCAGCUUCCCCCGCGCGGCCGCCAUCGGCCUCGCCUAUGCUGGAGAGGUGUGGAGUGGGGUUCCGUACAGACCCGGAUGGUCUCCUCUUCUUUCUUUGGGAGCAGAACACGCCGCAGAAACGUCAUAUGUGCUUCCCUGUUUGGAGUUGGAGCUCCCGAAGCACUGGUCAUCGGAGUAGUCGCCUUGUUGGUGUUCGGCCCCAAGGGUCUGGCAGAGGUAGCCAGGAAUUUGGGGAAGACUUUGCGUGCUUUCCAACCAACCAUUAGAGAGAUACAGGAUGUAUCAAGGGAAUUCAGGAGCACUCUUGAACGAGAAAUCGGAAUUGAUGAGAUUUCCCAAUCGACGAAUUAUAAGCCCACAACCAUGAACAACAACCAACAACCUGCUGCCGACCCAAAUGUCAAGCCUGAACCUGCACCUUACACUAGCGAGGAACUCAUGAAAGUAACUGAAGAACAAAUUGCUGCAUCAGCUGCUGCUGCUUGGAAUCCACCAGAGCCUGCCACGUCGCAACAGCAAGAAGCAGGGGCCGCUACUCCAAGUGAGGGCGCAGCUACAUCAGGAGGAAGCGAUGGCCCUGCUGCUCCUGCUCCUCCGGCUCUUGCUGUGAGUGACUCUGACCCAAGCCAAGCGAAUCAACCGGAGAAGGUGGACACACAGAGAUGACGCUGCUUAACAGUUUGACGCUGGAUAAAAAGCGCGCAGUGCACAGAUCAGGACGAGCAGUCUUGUUUUAAUUUUGUAGGCGAUGGAAUAAGUAUGAGAGCGUUUUGGAUGCUUAGGCUUUCUGUAGCAGCAUGGGCAGGUAAUAGAUGCAAAAAGGCUGUGUAUAUUUCCCACGUCUUGGACCGCGAUUGUUUCAUUCUGAGCCUAUUGUAACCGCGAAUUUAUAUAUGGAUUAAAUAUUUGUAGCCACGUUGAAAAAAAACGGUUCAGUUAAAAAAAAAA